UCUGGAAUACUCAGGAUUGCUUUCUCAUAAACUCACUCUAAAAGUUGGGGCCCCAGUUAUGCUUCUGCGAAACAUAAAUCAGAAAAAAGGAUUAUGCAACGGUACCCGUAUGAUCCUAACCUAUGUAGGCGAACGAGUGCUUAAGGCAGACAUAGUCACUGGCUCACACGUUGAACACGAAGUUUUGAUCCCAAAGAUUGCUCUCCUACAUGAGGAAACAAAGUUAACGUUCACCUUACGUCGUAGGCAAUUUCCUAUCAGAUUGUGUUACGCAAUGACAAUCAACAAAAGUGAAGGACAAAGUUUAAAGGAGGUUCUCUUAUAUCUGCCUAAACCAGUGUUCGCACAUGGGCAACUUUAUGUGGCUCUCUCACGUGUAACAAGCAAAUCAGGACUAAAAAUCAUUAAAGCGAGAGAUCAGCAUCCACAAAAAGUGAAGAACAUAGUUUACAAAGAGAUCUUUAACCGUCUUCGUUCCCAUGAAAGUAAGUAAAAUUCCAACUUUAAAACCUAAUUCCAAAUAUUUUCAGUGACUACUUAUCUAAAAGUUCAUUUUUAUCUGCUAUUCAGCGUUAUAGCGGUCAACAGUGAUAAAUGAGAGGUAGACCUUCACCUGGUGAUUGUUAUAUAACUAUUUCAAGGUAAGUCUUAUUAUACUAUAAAUAAUAUAAAGACUCAUUUUAGUAGGUUUGGAUUCCUUAUUUACUUUACAAAAUUUCCAGGCCCCCAUUCAAGAAGACCAUCACAUCUACAAGGCCGCUUCUUCAAAAGUCCACCACAUUGUCUAUGAUUUAUAAUUUUCUUCUUAAGACCCUAGUAUCUGCUUUUGAUAACAAUAAUAAUAACUUCGGCUUCUAGACAUGAUUUACAAAGAAGCUCUCAAUUCAACGCAUUCAAACUAAAACAUUUUCCGCGCGUAGCGCGGACAUACCAUCUAGUAACAAUAAUAAAAGAUAUGAAAGCUAAGUGGGCGUUGACAGUUUGUAUAAAUAAAUCCAUUGGCUAAGUUAAUAAGAUUAGAUAAACUAUUGCACUACUUAAGUUUCUUCCAAACUUGACAUGUUUGUACCUGAUCAUGAGGAAAAUGUUCUGCCCGACCACUAUCAAAAACUAAAGAGGCUAACUCAAAGAACUUGCAGAAUAGAUGAUUAUUACCAAGAAAUAGAGAUGUUGAUGAUUAGAGCAUACAACUCGGAGGUUUGAACCGUGAAGUCCAAGACUGACCAGCGUGAAAUGCAACAGUAUGUGGUGAAUCACAAAUUUUGUAUGUAGGGUGAAUUUUAAAGAAAAUAAAAUUUAUUUAUUUGCGUUAUUUGUUUUUGAAUUGUAAUUUUUACAUCACAAUUUAUUGAAUGCUAAAAUAUUUGAACUAAGUUUGGUUUACGUAAAAAUCUCUAAACUAAAAGUUUACAAGCAACAUAGACAACACAGACGUAUAAUCAAAUAGAUUAAAUAAAAUCAGUUAAAAAAAUUCACAUUAAUAUAUAUAGUAUAUGGAUUUUACCCAAAUUAAACUUAAUUAAAAAUUUUUAGCAUUAAAAUUGAUUUGAGUUUAAAUACUCAAAAUAUUAAUAUAUUAACUGUGAUUAAUUAUUUAAUUAAAUUUUAUUUUAUUAUUUGGAUAUAAGUUUGAACCGUUUGUAUGGAAUACAUUGCUAAAUAAGUUUUCUAGUGUUUGUUACAAAGAAAAAUAACCGUUAGAACUAAGAAAACAUGAAGGUAAAUUUAAGAAUAAAAAUAACGUUUACUUUAAUCAUGCAGACUCGGUUUUUUCUAGUAUAAGAACAGAUAGAAAGUUUAUACAGAAGCCACCUUUCUUUUCUCUUUUCGUUACUACUCUUCCGUCUUUCUAAACCGAACGAUACGAACUCAGCCAUGACAUCACGGCGCAAUACACGAUCGAUGACGUCACUUCAUCGAAACUCAUUGCCGGUACCUGACGACUUGGCUAUGGAGAUAUUCACGAGGCUGCCGUCGAAGGCGAUAGCGAGAUGUCGUUGCGCAUGCAAGCUCUGGUCCUCCAUGCUUCGCCGUCAAGAUUUCACAGAGCUUUUCUUGACCAAAUCUUGCGCUCGCCCUCGGCUCCUUUUCGUCAGGGAAGAUUACAGCGUCAGAGAGUUUGUCUUCAUCACGUCGCCUCAGCCUGAAAAUCCCGAAGAGAACUCGUACGUUGUAGCCGCCAAUCAUCUUGCGCGUUUCCCACGUUCCAAUGGAUUCUACGGUUGUACCAACGGCUUCUUCUGUUAUGGAGCUGACCGGUUCUUUAAGGGGCUGAAAAAGCCAGUGCGUGUUCCGGUGAUAUGUAACCCUAGCACGGGACAGUCCUUGACCAUGCCUAGGUUGAAUUCGAAAAAGAAGUAUGGAGUGGAAAGCUAUCUUGGAUAUGAUCCCAUUGCGAAAGAGUUCAAGGUGUUGUCGAUGAAUAAGUCGCGUGUUAGUGAAGGUUGGAUCUCAGUGGAGCACCAAGUUCUGACAUUAGGAACCAAGAAACUGUCAUGGAGGUUGGUUGAAUGUUGCAUACCACAUUUGCCUUCUUGUAAGUGGAUAUGUUUCAGCGGUGUUCUCUACUACGCAGCUAGAGCAGUCGGAUCUUUAGUGGAAUCUAUGGUCGUUUGUUUUGAUUUGAGGUCUGAGAAGUUCAGCUCUGUCAAGUUCGGUAAAGCAAUGCCUGGUUCAACAACUCUGGUAAACUACAACGGCAAGUUAGGUUUGCUUAUGUCUGGAGAUUCUUAUGCUGUUACUCGAUCAAGUACAAGUUUUGAGCUGUGGGUUCUGCUUGACGCUGCACAACACGAGUGGUCCAAUCAUGUCUACGUAUUACCACCUUCGUGGGAGGAUGUGGUUUCAGAGACCAUGUACAUUGCUGGAAUGGUUGGUACAAAUGAAAUCGUCUUCUCCCCGAGCUACCAAAGAGUGCCUUACUAUGUCAUCUACUUCAACGUGGAGAGAAAGACGAUCACCAAAGCUGGAAUCCAAGGACUGGAAGCGUUUCAGGGUACGAGUUUCAAAACCUAUCUUAACUAUAUUGAGAAUGUGAAGCUUCUUUAAGCAAUUUUAUAAGUGAGAGACAAGUGUAGUUUUCAUUUUGUGUGCUUCGUUUUCUUCUAGCAUCUUAGUUUUAAAAUAGAGACGUUUAUAAUGUGAUUUUCAGUGUUGUGAUAGAGAGAGUAAGAGUAAAUGAGCAGAAUGUUGCUAGUUUGUCCGGACUCUUGUAGAUGAUAUGAUAAAUCACAAGUUGUACAUUUGACGUUUUGUGCCGUUUUUGAUUGUAUCAAGCAGAAUCUGAGUUACAUUCUUCGAGUGUUUAUCACAAGUCAAAACUCUGUAAGAGAUCAUCGAGAAAAGGUACAAAUUAAGAAGUUGAAGGAAGAGCUAUAGAUGAUGAUGAUGAUUCAACUCUUAAGAAGCUUGAUCCAAACUUAGAUGUUCAUUCUUGUUAUCUAACUCUUCCAAGUAAACAUUCAAAUAACUAUGAUUGAAAGUAUAAUGAAUUCACUUUUAACCAUUUUGCUGAAAGCACCUGAACAGAAUAUGAUUAUGGUUUCAUGUACAUGCACACAUAUUAUUUUUUGACCAAAGGAAUACAUUUACAUAUAUUAAGGCUAUAAUUUAAUGCUAUUUUUUUAACAGAAGUCAAAACAAAUUUUAAAAGUAAACUAGCUGCAUUAAAAAAAACAGAGGCAUGAUGGAAUAUUAGGUUCAGACUUAUCCGGAAAACGGAGGUAGGCUUAGGGGAAAGUUUGAACACGUUUAUCUAGAACCGAAGAACCAAACUGAACUAAAAAAUAAGGUUCGGUUAGAUUCAGAUCCUAUCAACUCUUAGAAGAGCUUACAUCUCUAGAAUUGAAAAAUCGAUACCGAACCGGAAUCAAACCGAGAACUAAAUGAGAACUCGAAUUUCUAUAAUAUAGUUUAUAUAUUUAUAAACAUUAAAUAUAUUUUAUUUUAAAAUAAAUUAAUAUUUUUAAAUACUAUGUAUAAACCAAAUUAUCCUAAAAAUCGAAUCACCGAAUAUUUUUCAUUUGAAAUAUUUAAGUGAAAUCGUUGGUACAAAUGAAAUCGCGCGUCUUCUCCCCGAGCUACCAAAGAGUGCCUUACUAUGUCAUCUACUACAAUGUCAAGAGCAUGACGAUCAGAAAAGUUGGAAUCCAAGGACUGGAAGCGUUUGAGGGUGAGAGGAUAAACACCUAUCUCAACUAUGUUGAGAAUGUGGAGCUUCUUUAAGCAUUUCAAGUGAGAUUAAGUGUAGUAUUCAUUUGGAGUGUGUUUCUUAGUAAAAAAUGUAGAAGAUUCAACAAGGGUACGACAGACAAUCUUCUUGUUACAAAAUGCUGUAAAUUGUAAUAGAGAGAGCACAAGUUUUCUUAAGCUUGCCAGAGAAUGAUGUUUGUCCACACCCUUGUAGAUGAUAUGAUAAAUCACAAGUUGUACAUCUAAUUUUUUGAGCGGCUUUGAUUACAUCGAUAGAAUCUUGAGUUACAUUCUUCGAAUGUCUAUAUCAUAAGGUAAACUUCCUCAAAUUCCCAGCCCUACUUGUGUGAGUGAUGAUCGGCGGUGGUAAGGUGGAAUGUUGUAAGUCAUCCACCACUGAAUCGUGUCAUAACUCCUUCCAGAAUAAAUAGCAAAUAGCAAAUCAACGUUUUUGGUAAAAA